GGCAUCUUUCCAGGCGUGCUCGCUGCUGGGCGCUGCAGCUGCCCCAGGCCUCCUCGCUCCGCUGCGCCCCCGCCCUCCGCCUUGCGCCCCCGCUGCGGGCCAUCGCGACGCCCGGGCCAGGGCCACGGGCCGCAGCGCCGGGGCCGGCGAUGAGCGCGAGGAAUCAACAUGAGCGCAGACAGCAGCCCUCUCGUGGGCAACACGCCCGCCAGUUAUGGGACCCUGACGAUAGAGACAUCUCUAGAUCCCCUCAACUCCUCAGUUUCAUCCGUGAGGCUCAGCGGCUACUGUGGCAGUCCAUGGAGGGUUAUAGGCUAUCACGUCGUGGUCUGGGUGAUGGCAGGGAUCCCCUUGCUGCUCUUCCGGUGGAAGCCGGCAUGGGGGGUGUGGCUGCGGCUCCAGCCAUGCAACCUGGCCCGCGCCGAAACACUCGUCAUCGAAAUAAGAGACAAAGAGGAUAGUUCGUGGCAGCUCUACACUGUCCAGGUGCAGACGGAGGCCAUCAGCGAGGGCAGCCUGGAGCUGCCCCCACAGGCCCAGGCAGAGGAUGGCCGGAGCCAGGCAGCUGUGGGGGCAGUACCAGAGGGGACAUGGAAGGACACCACCCCGCUCCACAGGAGGGAAGAGGCAGUGAGUGGACAGCAGCAGGUCCUGCGGUACUACCUCUUCCAGGGCCAGCGCUAUGUCUGGAUCGAGACCCAGCAGGCCUUCUGCCAAGUCAGCCUGCUGGACCACGGCCGCACCUGCGAUGACAUCCACCACUCCCGCUUGGGCCUCGGCCUCCAGGACCAAACUGUGAGGAGGGCCAUCUAUGGCCCCAACGUCAUCAGUGUGCCUGUCAAGUCCUAUCCGCAGCUGCUGCUGGACGAGGCACUGAACCCCUACUAUGGGUUCCAGGCCUUCAGCAUCGGGCUGUGGCUGGCAGACCACUACUACUGGUACGCCCUAUGCAUCUUCCUCAUCUCCUCCAUCUCCAUCUGCCUGUCGCUGUACAAGACCAGAAAGCAAAGCCAGACCCUGAGGGACAUGGUCAAGCUGUCCGUGCAGGUGUGCGUGUGCCGGCCUGGGGGAGAGAAGGAAUGGGUCGACUCCAGUGAGCUGGUGCCCGGAGACUGCCUGAUGCUGCCCCAGGAGGGCGGGCUGAUGCCCUGCGAUGCUGCGCUGGUGGCUGGAGAAUGCAUGGUCAACGAGAGCUCUCUGACCGGGGAGAGCAUUCCAGUGCUCAAGACAGCCCUGCUGGAGGGGCCGGUGCCCUACUGCCCAGAGACCCACCGGCGGCACACACUCUUCUGUGGGACGCUCAUCUUGCAGGCCCGGGCCUUCGUAGGACCCCACGUACUGGCAGUGGUGACCCGGACAGGGUUCUGCACGGCUAAAGGAGGCCUGAUGAGCUCCAUCUUGCAUCCCCGGCCCAUCAACUUCAAGUUCUACAAACACAGCAUGAAGUUUAUGGCUGCCCUCUCUGUCCUGGCGCUCCUCGGCACCAUCUACAGUAUCUUCAUCCUGCACCGUAACCGGGUGCCUGUGAAUGAGAUUGUGAUCCGGGCUCUGGACCUGGUGACGGUGGUGGUGCCGCCUGCCCUGCCGGCGGCCAUGACUGUGUGCACACUCUACGCCCAGGGCCGGCUGCGGAGCCAGGGCAUCUUCUGCAUUCACCCUCUACGCAUCAACCUGGGGGGCAAGCUCCGCCUGGUGUGCUUCGACAAGACAGGCACCCUCACUGAGGAUGGCUUGGAUGUGAUGGGUGUGGUGCCCCUGAAGGGACAGGCCUUCCUGCCACUGGUCCCAGAGCCCCGCCGCCUGCCCAUGGGGCCCCUGCUCCGAGCACUGGCCACCUGCCACGCCCUCAGCCGGCUCCAGGACACCCCAGUGGGCGACCCCAUGGACCUCAAGAUGGUGGAAUCUACUGGCUGGGUCCUGGAGGAGGGGCCAGCUGCAGACUCAGCAUUUGGGACCCAGGUGUUGGCUGUGAUGAGGCCCCCGGUUCGGGAGCCCCAGCUGCAGGGCACAGAGGAGCCCCCGCUACCAGUCAGUAUCCUCGGCCGCUUCCCCUUCUCGUCAGCCCUGCAGCGCAUGAACGUGGUGGUGGCGUGGCUGGGGGCCGCACAACCCGAGACCUACGUCAAGGGCUCCCCUGAGCUGGUGGCAGGCCUCUGCAACCCCGAGACAGUGCCCACCAACUUCGCCCAGAUGCUGCAGAACUACACAGCUGCUGGCUACCGCGUUGUGGCCCUCGCCGGGAAGCCACUGCCCAUCGCACCCAGCCUGGAGGCAGCUCAGCAACUGACCAGGGACGCCGUGGAGCGGGAGCUGAGCCUCCUGGGGCUGCUGGUCAUGCGGAACCUGCUGAAGCCACAGACAGCACCAGUCAUCCAGGCUCUGAGGAACACCUGCAUCCGCACCGUCAUGGUGACAGGGGACAACCUGCAGACAGCUGUCACUGUGGCCCAGAGCUGCGGCAUGGUGGGCACCCAGGAGCGUCUGCUCAUCGUCCAUGCCACUCCUCCUGAAAGGGGCCAGCCUGCCUCCCUUGAGUUCCUGCCAGUGGAGUCCUCUGUGGCUGUGAACGGGGCUAAGGAUUCUGACCAGGCCUCAAGCUACAUCGUGGAGCCAGACCCCCGAUUCAGCCACCUGGCCCUCAGCGGGUUCACCUUUGGUGUCCUCAUGAAGCACUUUCCCAGGCUGCUGCCCAAGGUCCUGGUCCAGGGCACUGUAUUUGCCCGCAUGGCUCCUGAGCAGAAGACGCAGCUGGUGUGCGAGCUGCAGAAGCUUCAGUACUGCGUGGGCAUGUGUGGGGAUGGCGCCAAUGACUGCGGGGCCCUGAAGGCGGCAGACGUGGGCAUCUCGCUCUCCCAGGCCGAGGCUUCAGUGGUCUCACCCUUCACCUCGAGCAUGGCCAGCAUUGAAUGUGUGCCCAUGGUCAUCAGGGAAGGCCGCUGUUCCCUCGACACGUCCUUCAGCGUCUUCAAGUAUAUGGCCCUGUACAGCCUGACCCAGUUCAUGUCCGUCCUGAUUCUCUACACGAUCAACACCAACCUGGGUGACAUGCAGUUUUUGGCCAUCGACCUGGUCAUCACCACCACGGUGGCCGUGCUCAUGAGCCGCACGGGGCCAGCGCUGGCGCUGGGGCGGGCACGGCCUCCAGGGGCACUGCUCAGCGUGCCCGUGCUGAGCAGCCUGCUGCUGCAGGUGGCACUGGUGGCUGGCGUGCAGCUGGGGGGCUACUUCCUGACUGUGGCCCAGCCCUGGUUCGUGCCUCUGAACAGGACGGUGCCCGCGCCAGACAACCUGCCCAACUAUGAGAACACCGUGGUCUUCUCCAUGUCCAGCUUCCAGUACCUCAUCCUGGCUGCAGCUGUUUCCCGGGGGGCGCCCUUUCGCCGGCCGCUGUACACCAACGUGCCCUUCCUGGUGGCCCUGCUGCUCUUGGGCUCCAUCCUGGUGGGCCUCCUCCUGGCCCCUGGCCCCCUGCGGGGACCCCUGACGCUGACGAACAUCGCUGACACCUGCUUCAAGCUGCUGCUGCUGGGCCUGGUUGCCUUCAACUUUGUGGGGGCCUUCAUGCUGGAGAGUGUGCUGGACCAGUGCCUCCCAGCCUGCCUGCGGUGGCUCCGGCCGAAACGAGCCUCCAAGAAGCGUUUCAAACAGCUGGAGCAGGAGCUGGCCGAGCAGCCGUGGCCGCCACCCACUGGGCCCGGGAGGUAGUGCACCCUCUCCGUGCCCUGGACACUGGAUCUCCCUGCCUCAGAGCCACCGACUGGGCCCCAUCUCAGAGAUACCACCACCGAUCCCACAGCCCUGAGGUUGGCAUUUGUCACACUCCUGCGCCAAGUCUGCCCAGCCUGGCCUUUCUUGCCCCACCUGGGGAAAUACUAACUAUUGUCCCCCCCUUCAGAUCUCCCACGUAGAGACAGCAGCCACCAACCAACCCCUCUCAGAGCCGCUGUCAGUGUAGCAAAUAAAGUCACUAUUUUCCUGGCUCAGC